AUGUACGGUUCUGAUACUAAUGUAAGUAAAAUGAAAGAUAGACAUGUAAUUUUAUCUGAAUGGGUUAACCCUAGAAAGAAACGUGUAUAUGAAUCGGAGGACGAAUUAUCCACCGGACAGAUAUCCGCGGUACAAAAACCGGCCUGUUGCACGGAGAACAUGCUAAGCUCACUAAAAGAAACGAUGGAUUCAUUACGUGAGGAAAUGAAGAUCAUGAUGCAUACUGAAAGCUUAAAGAAAUGA